AUGACUAGAUUUCGGGCACUGAAACGUUUCGCGGGUUCCCGGUUCACGUUCGCUUUUCCAACGGAUGUGUCGGGUUACGGCAGCCUAGAUAUCCCCGUCCCGCUCGCGAACGCACUCACUCGCCCGCGUGUGAGCGAGACGGUUAGAGGUGGAGACGCGCGGGACGGAACCGCGCGAAGUCAGUUGCGGUCCGAGCGGCCGAGUCGUCAGUCCCGCCCUCGGUCCUUUCGCGUUUUCGGUCAGUCUCCGUUCGACGUUCGGACGGUGAGGUGUGUUAAGCGCAGGUGCGCACCGGUUACUGUGGCGUACUGCGAGGUUAUAAUGGACGCGCCCGGCGGAGCGCGGGAGCCCCGCUUCGGGUCGCCGUACGGUAUGGGACUCCUUGGGGAGAUGCCGGAUAUGUAUGGCGCAGGCCGACCACCAAGUUCUCUCGGCGGCGGAGCCCCGAGACCGGGCAUGCAGCCCUGUCCGAUGCCACGGCUCGGCGUGAAGAGGACUUCGGACCAGUGCUAUGAUGAGCGACCAUCCCAGAGCGUCGGCUUGGAGCAUUGCGCCAUGCCGGACAUAGCAGAUGAUGGAUAUGCUUCCCUGCAGCCUAAGAAGUCUCCACCAUCUAACGGCAAAAAGACCAAGGGUCGUGUGAAGAUUAAAAUGGAAUACAUUGAUAAUAAACUACGCCGAUACACGACAUUCUCCAAGCGGAAGACUGGGAUAAUGAAGAAGGCAUACGAGCUGUCUACGUUGACGGGUACACAAGUGAUGUUACUGGUUGCAUCGGAAACUGGUCACGUGUACACAUUCGCCACGCGGAAACUACAGCCGAUGAUCACGUCCGACGCGGGAAAACGGCUCAUACAGACGUGCCUCAACUCUCCGGACCCGCCCACUACCAGCGAGCAACGCAUGGCGGCCACCGGCUUCGAGGAAACGGAGCUCACCUAUAACGUAGUUGACGAGGACAUGAAGGUGAGGCAAUUGGCGUACGCGAGUUCCGCGCAGUAUCCCAUAGAACAUCACCCGGGGCUAGCUCCGUCGCCGCUGCAACAAUAUCACCAACAUCCCCCAUGUCCCUCGCCGCUGCCUCUCAGCUCCCUAGGGCAGCCGUAUUCACACGCGCACUUAUCCCAUCCCCACAUGUCCCAUCACCCUCAACGGUAGUUCCGAUGGCACUAGAUUAAACUUCUCUCUGUAUCGAAUAUCGAUCACUCCUUCCCUGGAGAAUUCGACUGGAUUAUCGAGAUAGUCACGUUCUAGUUUAGGGUACUUGUCUUAGUCUACAAACGUGGUUGGUUUUAAUGUAACACUGAACAUGAUAUAGUUAAAUUUGAACAACCCGAAUACGUUUUUAGAUAAAUGAACGAGUAGUUAAUUAAGAGAUAAUCUAUUUUGUUGAUACAUAUGUAAAUAGACGAGGAAUAUUAUUUCAAGUGCCGCAUCCUGAUUUCCGAGGAUUAAUUAGUCACGUUGAGAACUAUCGAGUAUGCAUUUGUGUUUUCUUGUUAACUUAUUUUUCUAACUAAUUGUUUUAGAUUCAGCGUAGCGCGGAAGUUUUUUAUUAUUUUCAUGUUAAAGUUCUAUAAAGAUAAUCAUAACAUAGCACCGUUAGACAAAACGAAGAGAAAUUCAAGAGUAUCUCAUCCGUUUGCUCGCUCAUCCACAACGUAGAAUCAAUUUAAAUAUGAUAUUUUAAUUAAUCAUCCAACCUAAGAAUUCUAUCAAUGAAAUUGAUGAUCAGCAUAAAGCCGUCGAAUCCGAUGAAGGAACAUUCGGUAGCAAAAUAAUCAGAUGUAAAAUUGGUUUAUAAUUAACGCUAGGAACCGGUUGCGACUGUUUAGAGUGACGCCUCGGAAGUGGGAGCGGUCGCGCUUGCUACUGAUUCAUUAUGAUCAAUGAAUCGGCCUUUCAUCCCGCUUCUCUAAGGAGAACGUAUACGAAUCGUAGCUUUAAUAAUGGCAUUAUCUCCAAAUUGUAGGAAGUCCGUAAUAUUCUAUUUAUAUUGUUGUUUUUCAUAUUCUGAUUAAAAUUGAGGCUGCUAACAUUAUAUCAAAGGUGCAGGGUUUGUUUUUAAAAUAAUGCUAAGUCUGUACUUUAAUAGAGGCAAGUUUUAAAUACCUAUUAGACAGUUUCCAAUUAUCAUGGGAGCGAGCGCUGUCGCCUCGGGUCCUAAGUCCUCGGCCGGCUCCGCGUGAUCCGGAUUAUUAAGAAACUUAAUUGAAAAUUACUUUCGGAGUUACGGAGGCCGACUAUUAUAAAUUCUCCUGUCAAUUCCGACGAACGCGCCGUACUCUAAGUAAAACUAAUAAGUGUAACGCAGAAGCUUUCACAUCUCAAUUUACAAUUACUAUUAACAACUUCAUGAAGAGAUGUAAUUUAUUUGAAUUCUAUUUUAAACACUAUAAUCUCCCGUUUUGUUUGUGUACCUGCGCUCACGCGAACAGUUAAUCAAUGAAACUUACAACCGAACACGCCGAAUAUGGAAAGUUCGACGUAUCGAUUCAUUGAGCCGCUCAAAUUCGAUUCGAUUCAUCCAUUAAGCACCGAGCACACCUUGCGUUGCUAAUCGGACACUAUUUAUUCAUCGAUUUGUACCCAGUAGCUGCUCUCGCUGCUGUCGCAUCGAUUGCACCGAACGAUUAAUUCUCACUUCUCAUUUGCAUAUCGUUUUAAUUUUGAACUCAUCCGGUGCCCACUGUGUUUCGCUCCCGACCCCGAACGCCCUGUUGUCAGUUUUGUGUGAUAUGUAGAAACGAUUGCAUCGAUUCCUCCGUUUUGCAUUCACUUCGAUAAAAAUCUCCAUACCUCAGGUCGGUCGAUCUUACCUCGACAGAGUUUGACGCACGGAAAUAAUACGUCGACGCCGAUAUCGAUCAUUAUUGUUCACGCAUCAUCGAUAAGUUGAUCCGAUUGAAAUAUUCUCUCGUUAAUAAUGAUUUGAAACGAUAAAAGCGUACUGUGAUCAUCAUCAAUUUCUACUGUAAAUAGUUUAUAGUUCAAUUAUUAUGUAUGCUUUAUAUCUCAUCUUAUUGCUGGGGAGCGACCGUAAUCGUUGGUAAAAACUUUCAAAAGCGGCACUGUUUUAUUUUCCUAGGAAUAGUUUCACCUGUCAUAGCCGGUCGGUCGUUUACAUAAAUAUAAAUCUUUACGUAUUCGCCGCGUGUAAUGUCGUUCUUUUGGUGCGUCUGUUUUAUGAAUAUAAACUGCAGACGACCAGCGAGUGUUUGGCAUAACACCACUUUGUAGGAUGCAGAUGGUCAUGUGCAUGAUUAAGCGGUAUAAAUGUGGAAGUCGGUCAAUGACCUCUCUGCACUCGUAUCCCUAAUCGAGCUCUCGUAUUUCGUAACGUCUCGCAAAACUCUUGAGAUUUCGCUUUCAGUACACGCGUGUUUCUUCUGUGAAUUCCACAACGGAUUCUUUCGUUCUGUUGCAGAGCACGUCUGUUCGCUCUCUGGGGAAUAUCUCGUCGCAUAAAAAAAGCAUCGUCGCCAUUAUAGAAGUUGUCGACACGAGUCGUAAAUUCCUGAUCUUUUUUAGAUGUGGACGAUCAGAGUCGGGCCUCUUCCCGACACGAUGGCGGGUGACUCAUCCCAAUCCAUAACGUAUUCUGCUCGCAUGAGACGCGUGCGUCUAUUCUAGACGUUCGCUCAGUAAUCGCUCGUUAGUCUCGCACCUUGGUUUAUUAACUUAUCAAUACUAUUGUUUUGAUAAACGCCCAAGACGCAAUUUUAGCUGACUCAUCGUAUUGUACUAGCUAAUAUGCCCACAUAAUUGUCUGCCUGUAAGCCGAUUGGUCGUCUUGUGCAAGCCUGACGGGCUCUAACAAUAAAGCUAAUUUGACUAAUAGGUGCGUUGUAAUCGUCACCGCGUGUGGUUUAAGGAUUACAAGAUUAUCGUGCCGACUUUCUUCGCCGCUCCUUAGAUCACUUCUUAAUGAACGUUGCAUUGAUCGCUAUACUAUUGUUCUAGUUUUUGUUUCUUCAUUCGUUAUGUAAUCUUUGUAUGUGGCUUCUAAAGGAAUUUUUGUUUUAAGUGUGUCGACAUUUUCUUCGCUUGCGGCGCAUCUUGUAAGGGUAUUCUCAAAUUGUUGUCCGCGUAGAGUGUUGCGGCUGGUGCGAUCAUUAAUUUAUUAUUCCGCGCGUGAACGCACCGUCGGUUCAAUUUUUUUUGGAAAUUAUUUAAUGUUUGCGAAAUUCGCAUUAAAUGAUCGGUUCUGCCCUGUAAUUAACAUCAUUCCGAACGACCACCCGGGCGCAAGAUGGAUGGACCCACAGUCGGUCCAACAUAAGGCCAAUAUUUGCAAAACGCCUUUCCAGCGUCUUCCACCUGGAAAGAAAUGAAGAAAUUUGUCCUGCAUCUACCUGAAGAAGUAGUUAUAAUUUAAGUGAAUUUUCCAUGGUCCAUCAAAAAUUUUACAGCCUUAUUCGGUAAUGUAUCACACUGUGUCUCCUGUGAGAAAGUCAUUUAGUUCUUGUACAGUCGGUUAAAAAAAUAUUGCAAACAUAGUUAUUUAUUCCUAAGCUUUAGUUACUAAGAUUGGAUAUUUGGCAGUAGAGCUGUUGUGGGGCGGUACGGCGCAUAAGCUUAUGCGCGUAUUAUUUUAGGAGUUACGCUCAGCCACACCGUGCACUAUUACGGCAGACCUGCGCCCGCGCCGUUCUGUUGCAUAAUUCAGACACGAGCCCCGCCGUUUGCAUUCCGAUACUUGAUAUGUGCUUUCACAUGUAUUUAUGGACAAGAUUUUGUGUCUCCGUAAUGUUUGCCGAAUAAAUAAAUUGUGUUUAAGGCAUAAAUACAAUGGGCGAGUCGGCAGCUCCCCUCGUUACGUCGGUGAAUGUAAAGUCCGAGUUAGCUUCUUGGGUUGUCGGCAUGUCAACCGUUGAGAUAUUUCGCGAGCUCGACUUGAUGCUGCUGCUUAUUUCGUUGUUUAGGAGCUUCGUUACAUUGCCUGUUUAUGUCCGCGCUUACAAAUUGGCGUUUCGAGAUGCUCUGCAGAGCAUCACGAGUAUUCACUAAAAUUAUGGUGUUGUGCUAACAUUGUUGUUAGUCAUACACCGCCGGGCGAAGCGCAUUGGAAUCAAUCUGUUUAAAGUUAUCGUUAUAGUGAGAUCUCAAAGAGUCAUUUUGACUGAGUAAUCGAGUUAUAUAGAGCCUAGAGUUAGUGCAUUCCAAAAUUUUUGCAUUUACCCUGUGUUGCGUUAUAGGAUUCCGCUCACAUCUCACUUACCGCAAUCCUAAUGAUUUGCAGCGGAGGUCUUCUUUUGUAUGCGCUGGAGGUGACGUGUUCGUAUGCAAGGUGCGACGCCAUUAUCCCGUGCCCAUCGUCUCCACUGGCUUCCGCGACCGGCCGUCCUGAUUGCUCUAAUUGAAAUUUAUUCAUGCUCCUCUGGGACGCGGCCCGAUUACCCAAUGCCGGUUUUAAUUCGAUUACAUUAAUGAAUAGGGCUGCGAUUGUUCAGGGUUGUUUAGUUAUGUAUGCGCUUGAGUUUAUGCGAUCUCGUUUACUGGAUUGACGCGGGACGCGCCUCAUCCAUUAUAGAUUUAGCCGGGAGUGUAUCGUCCGGCUCGAUAUGGUCGACGUCUGUGUCAUUUCGAUAAUUGGGCCCGCGAUUAUCCAGUUGUGCAAUUUACAAACAUCUGCGAUAGAUCCGCUGAUUGACGGCGAGAUACUUGCGUCAUUAGGAUUUAAUCUCGUUCCAAUUAAGCGUUUUGUUUGCAGUCAAGCAUGUUGGCUAGUUAUAGAUAUGGUUAAACAUAGUGUACAUAUCGAUAACAUGCUUUAUCACGAAUAUUAAAUGUUAUUUUUUAAUGGCUAUAAAUAUCCUUUGAAUCUAAUGCAAUCAAUAGCUUUGCCAAAGUCACUCAUGAGAAUGCUAUGAUCAGUUUAUGGAGUUGUCUAAUAAAACCUCAGUGAUUGGACGUCCAUCGCGCUCUGAGCUAUUGAUUCGGCGAAUCCAAGCGGCCCACUUCCUAAAACUAGACUGGGAGACGCACAUGGUUAAAAUUAGGUCCGCCGAGAAUAGCGUAAACUGCGGCCGCGUCACACCGACCCGCCUCGAUAUUGUGUUACAGUACAUCGUGGCUAAAUUAACUGCGCAUUAUGGUGUUGCAUUAUUCAUGAAAAAUUUUUUGCCACUAGACACAACUUCCGAAAUAAAAACUGGAACUGUUAGGGAUGAAAUGCAUAAUGAUCCAACAACAAACGCAAUCCCAAUCAUGUUCCUUUGUAAUAACUCUAAUAGAACAACAAUGAAUAGAAUUUAUAUUGCAGCAAAGAACAGGUCAUAGUUUACGUUAUCUGUAGAACAUGACGUGAAAUUUUUAACAUUAUUGUCAGGAAACUCAAACAAUGUUUCCUUCUGUUAUUGAAAGAGUACAAGUUAUCGGUCAUGCUUUUGUAUCGCCAUCUCUGUGCGCCGUUUCGGAUGUAUAACUGUAUGCUUUUGUAUCGGAGGUUUGGUUUACACUUCUGCUUCGAUAAGCGAUGCGGUGGCCAGUUAGCUCGGGGAGCGGGUUUUGGUUGCGUCUCGUACCGAACUUUCCGUAUCCAUAAAUUCAAACUAGCGUCCUAGGUGAAGCUCGACCGUUACCGCGUGGGAAAUGAUUGGGCUCCGGCCCUGGUCGGUGAGCCUUUGUUAGGACGAUUGUCCACUGGAGCGGUGUAGAUGCGCCGAUAGGCUGUGUAUAGUGGAGCUACGCCAGCGGUGACAGCUACGUGGGAACCCUGAGCGGGAUUGUGUGUAAACACCACGCUCAUUUGGAUGAUAGUGUCAUCUUUGUACUUCCAAUAUAAAACCGAAGCCUUUGUUCUAUCAUUGUCAUUUUCUAGAUGCAUUAUGUUAAUGUAUUCCUUAGUUUACCGUACAUAUAUCAAGCCGCCGGCAGCUGGGUCGAAUUUUGUCUAAAAAUUACUACGGAUAGGAACAGUGCACCUGCAUAAGGUAAUAGAAUUCCAUUUGCCAGACGCGUAUGGUGCUAGUAGUAAUGUUACGUCUUGAAUAUCCCCUAUGUGUUGUAACUCGUUUUCCCAACACAUAUGAAGAACAAGACCCGUGGAAAUGGACAUCGUCGUUAUAAUGUAUUCCACACGCGUCCGGCACUAACUCGACAGCUAUUCAGUUUUGAAAACAAAUCCUUAGCUUUUGUGACCGCGCCAAUCCAUCAUUCGAGUUUUUCUAUUCACCAAUAGUAUCAGCGAGCUUAACGCAAACAAAAGCUUUCAAAUGGAAAUGUAGAGUACGUGCCGGGGAUUAGUUCCGCGGGCGGUCAAAUUUUACGUGGGAAAUGUUGUUAACACGAGCGUUAGCCGGUGGAUUGGUUUUUGUACAUUAACCUUAUAAGGCCACCUACAUAAACGGUGAUAUAAUCGCCCGAUCUGUGUGUUGGCUCAUGGUUGCAUAUCGGGGCGCGUGGGCGGCGGCGUCCUUCCGCGGCGAGCGCCGAUCGUCUAAUGUGCGUGCGUUUGUUACACAUAGAAGCGCGUGCGCAGCCUCGCUGCUCGUACUCCCGCGCAUGAUUUAUGUAUGACCGGUAUUCCUCGUGUUGUCGGUUCAUUUAACUAGAUAUAUUCCGGAAUUAUUGUGUUCGCAACACAGCUCUCGUACGGUGCGAAGCGUGAUGGGAAUCUAAAGUCGGCCGUAAUGAUACAUCGCUCCUCAUCUGCGUACAUAUCAUAUAUCAACCGUUCGUUCUCUUAAUUCGCAAUCGAUGCCCGUCACCGUCUACUUAAUCAGCCCCAGUUACCGAAAUUGCCUUCAUUAACAACGCGCGAGCCUUUCUUUUGAAAAAAAAAACUGUAUCACAGAAACCAGUUUCCUUUUUUUCUCUACAAAAUAAUCGCAUCGCUUUAGUCGGAAAUUUUUUGGAAAGGUCCAAAUUAGCACCACCGGUUACUUAAGGAAAGUAAAUUGACUGAGAUCGGUGGUUUAGGUCGAUCGGGGUAAUUUGUCUCUAGGCUUUCAUUGUGACAGGACCAUAGUUGUUGCGGAAUGAAUUCAUUCGGCAUGGGGCUUAAUUGGAGGUGCAUGGUUAUAAUUAUUGGAUGGACAUGAAGAAGGGAACCGGAGGUGGAUUCUCCGCAUUCUGGCACGUUGCAGGUCAAUCGCGGCAUCUAUCGACUACUGGCUCGUAAACUGGCCGUGCAAGAAGAUAGAAUUAAUAGCUCAUGAAGAUUUUGUGAUCAAUAUAAUAUGCAUUGUAUAAACAAAGACAACUCAUAAUAUGUAUAGCGAUAAAGCUGGUUGUAGUGUAAUAGUCAGAAACAAGUUCGAAACAUUUAUUGCACUUGGGAGAAAUCUUUUGGAAUACUUUUUAAUCUAGCAGGACUGCAAUGUCUUUUUUUCGGUUUUCUAGUUCGUUAUUCGGUCACAAUAGAACGUAUCUACGUCUCUAUACAUACGCAGAAAAUAUCACGCACUUUCUGGGUCACUCUUGUAGAUACAAUAUUAUCUGUAUAGAAAAUUUAAAUUAAAAGUGGUUCAUUUGCACCCGCUUUUAAAUGCGCAUUUUAUUUUAAUUGUGUUAGAUUCACCUUUGACGACGACUGCCAGCAUUGAAUUUUAUUGCUGUGUUUGAGCGUUUCUCCUAUUCCGUACAGUUUUGGCUACGGCAUGCACUUUGAUUUCAACACAAAAUAUUUUGAAAUUAUCAGAAACAAUUUUUUUAAACAAGCUUACAUUUUAUCCUGCUUCAUAAAAUAUAAUAUACCAUUUCACAUUUCUACACAAUGCCACCGUAGAUACUAUCUGUUUCUUUCUCACCGGCCGCCGCGUCUAGAUCGAUAUUACCGAACAUGUUUUCCUUCAACACAAUAUUCUUUUAUGUCUCGGUAACUGUAUCGAUUUAAAAUCGAUAGUCGCCUGCCUCAGAUCCAUCGAUAACUUGCCAAUUCAUUUAAACCAUAUUAAUUUCAAAGUAAUUUACCCUACCUACCAUAUUUAUAAUAAUAUUUUAUACGAGCAUUCACGGCAAAACGUGACUCGAAUAUUGUAAUUUUUGCAAUAACAACUUACACAAAGUAAUGACCAUAUUUUUCUGAAUGAAAGGUGCACGUGUAGCAAUAUAAACUUGUAAGAUACUUCCAAUCGCCGCUUGCAUCACAUUCAGAUCCGAAAGUAGUCGUAAACUGAGGAGCCUUGGUAAUGUAGUAUCGAGUUUUGUGAUCUGUGACAUUGCGGAAUUGUUCGAACGUUUGUUCCGUUUGUGCUAAUGCCUAUUUACGAAUGCUAGACAAAGACACAGAGGCUGUAAGCUGACGCUCUCACUUCCGCCCGCCCACGUUAUGAAGCGCCUCCUACGCGAGGUCACUUUUAAAAAUCGCAAGCUGGUGGUCUUGCAUCGGCAAUUGUUGCGACUGUUAUUUUUCUUUAAAAAAAUGUUACCGCUGUAGACCACGCUUGAGGUUAUUUGAUUUUUAUGUGUACUAAGGUUUCUUUUAAGGUUAACCGUGACAACAAUGACAUCAGUCCGUAGGUGGCGCGUGCGAUAAAAUGUGUUCGCGGACACUCUGCGUUGCUCAAGCUUUCGAAAUAACCAUCCACUUUAAUUUAUAACUUAAUUCUGAGCGUCUUUCUUUUGUGUUUUUGUACGAUGUACUUUGUACCGUAUUUUAUUGUAACGGUAACUAUAAUUCAAUUUCGUUAACUUUCUACAAUUGCUUGAAUUCGUUUCCUUGGAGUUUUAAGUUAUCUGUAUUACAUUGAAUUGACCGACAUUAGUAUAUCCUCGGUAAUCGGGAGAAAGAGUCGCUAUAUUAAAAAGCACUGACAAAGUUAGUAUCGGGGAAGAGACAUACGUAGGUAGCGAAUCAGCAAACAUAAACAAACAAAUACUGUAAGACAGGACGUGACUCGGUUUUACCAAAUGAAACGAGACGCGAGGCUUAGAAUAAUAAAAGUUUACGUUCGCUAUGUAAAUUUUGUUAAUAAUUGUCGCGUUUUUUUAUUACUUGUAAGUUUAUACUCUAAAUGCAUUUUACUCAAUCGAUUCUCAGGCCAUUAAACAAGUGCCAUCGUCUGUAUAGUUUAUAAGUACAACGAGGUUUAUAUCGGGAUGCAUCGACUAGAUAUUAGGGUUUUCUACACCAACCUCAUCCUUUUCCAUAUCUCCAUUAGAUCAUCUGUAUCCCCAAAUUGGUGCUAUUGUAGUGACGUUGGACAAAUGCUAUUAGGUGAUCUCUAUUUCUUUAAAUUUGUUCUUAAUAUUAUAGAUUCUUAAUAUAUGUAUUAUUAUACUAUAGUUAUUAUAGUAGUAAUGGCAAUUCGAGGGACCAAGUCCAGACAACAUAUUGAUACCUGUAUCGAAGUAACGUAACAUUCCCAGUUUGCGCUUAGUGCCCGUAACAUGUUUGUGAUCCAUCCAACUUAAUGAGUAUUUAGACUUAAGGCAUGAUGUUGUGUGUUUAUUGGACGAUUGAUACGUGAUUUACUAUUGACCGACACUUUAUUGAACGCUAUUUUGAUUUUGGAUCAAAUUAUUUUUUGUAAAGAUAUAAGUAUAUUUUCGUAAUGUUAAUAAAAAAAGUGUAGAUAGCGUUCAAUAAAGUUUCAGUCGAUUCCCUAGUUCAAUUUUACUAGUAACCAAAUCAUAAAAGCUUCUUAGUAAUAAAUAGGAUAUAUUGUUUUAAACUUUCAUGAUCAAUAACUUUAUAGUAAUUUAUGUUAUUUACGGGAUUGUUACCACGUACCUUAUUUUAAGCGAGUUUCCGAUAUUUUGGCACUGCUGCAAGCGCCAUGAUCACGGAAUAAUUAAUUGCGGGUAGGCUGUUAACUCGCUAAAAACAAGGUACAUGGUUACAAUCCCGUAAAUAUUAAAAAUUACUAUAUUGAUAGGAUUGUCUUGUUAGGAUUACUAGUAAAAUUGCAUGAGGAUAUUUUACAUUGAAACAUAAUAAUAAAUUAAUAUUUUAGAAGUUAAGUAAAGAAAGAUGUAUCUUAACACGGAAGGGUGAUACCAGCAAAGAAGAUUUUGUGAAACAGUGUCCUUUAGUGCCUUAUGAACAUUGAAAGUGUGAUUACGAUGAUUGUACUUAAAAAUUCAAAAAUGACUGUUUAAAUUCAGUAUUAUAUAUUAAGACCCGUAUUGUAUGACGUUCAAUAUAUUGAACUCGAAGAGAAUUUUUUCAAUCUUAUGCCUCUUUUAAAGUCCAUGACGCUAUGUUACUCUUUAGAACUGUCUGUGUGUAUAAAAAGGAGGCUAAAAUCUCAAGUCCUUAAGUUAACCAGUCACUAGUCUCCGCAAUUUGCGAAGAUCUCACCAUGUCAUAAAAAUACGAGCAAUACUUUAAACAACCUAGAAUCAAUUUGAAACUAAAUCUUGUUUGAUGUGUUCAAGCAAUGACAAUGUUGAUGUCAUAAAUGUCGCACUCGGCUUCUGUGCGCCGCCGACAUAAACGUCUGAAACAAGUAUAAAAAGCCGAAAACAUAUAUUUAAAUACGAAAUUAAGUUUUUCGACGGGCUUUCAUUGCUUUUUGAGGCGAUUAUACAUGGUCGGCUGAUAAAUGUGCGACGUGCAAUAAUUCAAUUCUCGUUUAAAAGCUUUGCAUGUUAAGGCAUGUACACAUACGGGUACCUACAUUUUGUAGUGGCUGCAUACUCAUCAAAUUUAUGGCAACCAUUAAAAUGUAUCAUAAUAUUAAUACGAUUUGUGUUUCGUGUGUGUACAAGCUUCAAUAUAAUUAGUAGUUAUAGCGAACUGAAAUGAUGUUGUCGAGGAAACGUCAAAACUCAAUUUAAAAAUUUGCUUCCUAGACUGUUGUGAAAUUAUUUUUGGAAUCUAUUGUAAUGGUUGUGAUAUAACCGAAUGUUGAAUACUUAUAGAAGAUUUCGAAUUUGUUAAAAUAGAGUUAACAGGUUUUACUCAAACGUCAUUUAUUUGAGAUCAUUGUUGAAUCGCUGCCUCUGAGGUGACUUAAUGACAAUGUGAUAGAAACAAUACCUAAAGACGCUAGAUCAUUGUUACUGUAAAUUACAUUCUCUGUAAAUAUGUACAAUAAAAUAACGAAGUUAGCGAUAAUAAUUUUAAUACUAGAUGCAAUGUUGUACAAGUUUUUUCUAUUUAAAUAUUUUUGAAAGAUUUAAUCUACACUAUUUUUAAUAAUGACUUAUUAUUUUAUCGUUUCGAAUAAUUUAUAUUAUGUGUUUGUACAAUGUCGUAGUUGAAUUCGGAGAAGACAUUAAAAAAAUUAUAAAAAAUAAAAC